CCAGGUUCCUCCAGGUCCUCCAGGUUCCUCCAGGUUCCUCCAGGUUCCUCCAGGAUCCUCCAGGAUCCUCCAGGUCCCUCCAGGUCCCUCCAGGUCCCUGCAGGUCCCUCCAGGUUCCUCCAAGUUCCUCCGUGAUGCUGCUCCCGCGGCUCCCGGUUCUGUCUGCGCUCCUCGUCCUGCUGCUGGCUGCGGGACGCUGCAGCGUCCUGGAGCUGGUCGGCUGGUCCCCGAAGACCAGGACCGAGACCAGAACCGAGACGGAGGGACUCACCGGACCCGGAGAGAGACGGUCACAACCGGGACUGGAGGGUCAACCCAGAGAUCCACGACACAAGGAGAAGUUCAUCAAACACCUGACAGGUCCUCUUUACUUCAACCCAAAGUGCAGGAAACAUUUCCACCGACUUUACCACAACACCAGAGACUGCACAAUACCUGCCUAUUAUAAAAGAUGUGCUCGUCUGCUGACUCGACUGGCCAACAGCCCUCGCUGCUCCGAGAGAUAAACACACGCCGCCUCUUAACGAGGUCCAUCCACUGACGAGCAGAGGAGGUUCUCCAGCCGUCUACUGCACCAGAUGACUUCAGUUCACUGCCGCCCAUCAGGAUGUUUUCUAUUCUAUUCUAUUUCCUGACUCUACUCACACUUUUAUUUGACCCGUCUCUCUACUCUAUUCUCUUCUACGACUCAACUGAAAUCUUCUCUUGUACUGGACUCUUUUCUACUUUACUCUAUUUUUUUAAACCCAGUUAAAACAACCAGACUCACCUCAGCUGUGCUGUGCUGUAUUCUACUGGACUCUACUCUGCUGAACUCAACCAGGAUUUCUAUUCGUGGUGAUUCUACUGGUUUCUAACAACACGGCAGGAUUAUUUUUCUGGCUGGAAGGAGGAGGAGGAGGAUCGCUGCUCAGAUUUGAUCUGGAAACUAACGCUGGAUUCAACAGAAACUUCUGGGACCGAACGUCUUUUUCAGUGUUUUUGUUAUUUCGGACGCCUGAACGUUUUCCGUUUGAAGCUUUCGGAGGAAGUAAAUGGACAAACUCUCUGAUUGGACUUCAGCUAAAUCAUUUUUUGUUCUGUGCGACAGAAACAAUCGUAGAUGCUGAAUGUGUUUUAUGUUAUAUGAUGCAUAAUAAUAAUAACGGUCAUAAUAUAACUGUAUAUUUAUAUUGUAUAAGCUGCCGCCCCGUGUGCAAUAUGUACAUAUCCUGAAAGAGGAAUAAAGACACUCAUUUGACAUA